AUAAUCAGCAAGAAUCAGUAGCAAUCAGAAGAUUCUAAUUAAAAUAUAGAACAAUAAAUGUUGUUUAUAGCGAAUUUUUUACGUUUUAAUAUUUAUAAAAAAAAUGUAGUUUCUUGUGCUACCAUCAUAAAGUAGUCUGAUACAAGGCUAGCCAGCUGCGCCAUUCUUGUUGUGUGACACCCAUAUCACCAACCAUACUACACAUCUUCUGUGUUACAUUAUCAUUUCAUCGUUGCUGUAGUUAGUUGCUUGUCACACAUUGCAGGAAUGGACACAUCGGGCUUGCCUGUACCGGAUGCAAUCCACCCAUUACUCGAACAACUGCAAGAAGCUUUGGUUCUUGAAGUAAAAUAUCAACCUAACCUUCAAUUACCUAGUAUAUCACAAAAUGAUGAAAUAACAAUCGGAGCUCGAGAUGGAUCAGCUCACGUUUUAAGAUGUUUGAAAGUAUGGUAUGAUUUACCAUCAGAUGUGUUUUUUAUUGCCAUCAAUUUAAUGGACCGUUUUUUAACAAAAAUGAAAGCAAGACCAAAACAUAUGGCUUGUAUCAGUGUAUCCGCUUUUCAUAUUGCUGCUGUCCAGUUAGCACAGUCCUUGGAUGCUGAUCACUUAGUCUCUAUUUCACAGUGCAAGUGCACAGGUGGUGAUCUUAAACGUAUGUCAGAAGUAAUACAGAACAAAUUAGAAUGGGCACCUGGCACUCAACCUGUUACAUCUUUGACUUUUCUUCGAUUAUUCAAUGCAAUGUUUCAUGCAGUUGCAUCUCAACUAGGAUUGGGAGACAUAUAUAACGGCAUUGUUACGGAAUCCGAGCUUUUUCUUAGGUUAGAAAUGGUUGCUUGUGAUGGAAAUUGUGCAAGUUUAAGGCCAUCGGAAGUGGCACUCGUUCUACUUUGCACAUACUUAGAUAGUGCAGUUAAUCGGCUGGAUACUAAUGUAGAUUCUACCAUAUCUACAACCGCUAUUCCUAGUUCCUCUAUCAUCAAUACAUCUGUAGCACCAAGACCACAGAUGCUAAGCCUGUUAGAAUUUGCUGUGGAACUUCAGAAAAUAUGUAAGAUUCCAGAUACAAGUUUUUUCUCUGCACAUGAUGCUGUAGGUGCUAUAUUGAGCAAAUACAAUGCUCAAGAGCAAACUCCUCAUAAACAAAGACUGAUAUGGAGAUUGUCCUCUCGUACGGCGCGCCUUUUACGUCCGACUGAUAAAUUCAUUUCUGUAUUACCUGUUAUCGCCGAACAUGCUCCAGUUCCUUCGCCAAGUAAAAUUAGAAAAAAUCGUAAAUUUGGUCGACGUCAUGGGAACAAGAGACGUUAAGUGGCAGUAUCGAGGCCUUAAACUGCUGGAUCCAGAAGUUCAAUGUUUAUCCGUCAUAUGGAGCAAGAACAGAAGUUUGACUUUAGUUUGAGGUUCGAAGUUUAAAUAGAAAGUACAAAUUUCGAUGUAUUUACGUCGUACGGAGAACUGUCUGAUAUCUCUUUUGUAGCACUUACAUUUCAUUGCAUUAUUCUAAAUUCGUAAAUGAAAUCUAUUCUAUAUAUAUAUAUGUAUAUGUAUAUACAUAUGUAUAUAAUAUAUAUAUGUAUAUGUAUAUACAUAUAUGUAUAAUAUAUAUAUGUAUAUAUGUAUAUUAGAUCUGUUAAAAUAAACUUUUUUUUCUUAAUUGUAUCAUACAUUUUAUAAGAAGAGACAAAGAUUUCCGUUAAUAAAGUUAAUAUUUUAUAAUCAUUGCUAUUAUGCAUAGUACACGAGUGAUGUGAAAAAAGAAACGGAAAGAGAUUGAAACAGCAAAUCGUAUUUUAGUAAUAUUAAAUAUGUGAUACAGUGUCCAUUAUAAUUCGUAUGUUAUAUGGAUAGAACAUCACUAUACGUACAUUCGUACGUUCGAGAAACAUGUUACAAAUGUGAGGAAAUUGACUAUUACGCAAGUAUAAAUAAAAAAUUUAAAAUUAUUUAAAAAAUAAAUUAUAAAAAUUAAUAAAGCUUAUUAGGAUUAUUAAAAUGUUCAAUCUUAAUUCUUAAAAUUUACCAACAUUGAAAUUACUGUUUAAUGUUUUGUCGAGAAACAGUAUUUAAAUUAUAUAUUGUUCAAGAAAGGAACAUGGAUGAAUGUGAAUAAGUUAGUUUCUAUCGAUGUUUUUAUGGUAUGUUAAUCAAGUAAAUGAUGCAACGCAUUUAUAUUGAACAAUCUAAACUGAUUAACCUUUUGCACUUUAAUUGUGAUUUUUUAUAAAAAAAAAUAUAUUUUCCUCCGAUUGGUAUUUUCCUAAUUUUUUAAAUAUAGUUAAUCCACAUUUCAUGAAAAUUUCGGGACGAUAGAUAGCAUUUGCUAGUAACCUAAAUAAUAUUUGAAGUAAUCGGCGAACGAGUUAAACGUAUGUAAAGUUUGUAUAAAGUUGUUGAGGAAAAUUUGAGGAAUAAGAUGUUUAUAUGUACGCGCGCGUGUGUAUGUAUGCGUAUGUGAUCAAUAAAUACAAUUAAGAGCGCAAAAGGUUAAGAAUAUAAUCAUAAAUGCUUCAAACCUUCUUAAAAAAACAAAACAAAUGUCAGCUGUGAAAGUAUGAUUAUUACACGUAAAGUUAAAUUAAGGUAUCUAGUAUUAUGUAAUUACUUAUAAGAAUAACAUUUAAAAGCCACAAUUUGUGAUAGAAUUUUUUACUAUUGUAGUUUUCAAAUGUGGCCAUUAUUAUUACAUGCGAAUAGUCUAGCGAAAUUGUCUAGAGCAUUUAAGAAUUAAAUAUUUGUCUAUAACUAUUUAUUAUCUAUUUCUUCUUAUAUGUUAGAUUUUGUGGUAAUCUCAUAGUGUUUAAAAACACAAGAAAAUGAAACAAAAAAUACUCUAAUGUAACUAUAACUAAUUUAUGUUGAGUAAUAAUUUCUAAUUGUAAAAAACCGUAACAAAAACGAUUGAUUGUAAAAAUAUGAAGGUAUUAUGUUCUUACUUUAUAUGUAUAAAAAAUGCCUAAUUUUUAAACCUAGAA